UUUGCUGUGUCAGUCCCAGCUGAGGACCAGGGUUGGACGGGUUGUGCGCUCUGCAAUAAAGCGGCUCUGGUGGAUUUCUGACAGCGGGGAUAUGAAGGUACCACAGCUGGUUGGGAGACAUUCGUGGGAAUUCUUCAUGUUGAAUGUGUAGAGAACCGCAGUGGUCCUUGAACUGAUCGGAACUGUCAAGUUCUGACCAAACUGGUGGAGUUCGUGCGCUUCUUGAUAGAAAGAAAGCUCUUUUUAUUCUGAACUGAUAAUGAACAUGUUCUAGUAGUGGAACAAAUCCGUUUGUGACAUAUUUGAGGUUGUGAUCCGUGGAUUUGUGUGUGUGUGCGCUCUCUGGAGAGACUGAGCGGCUCUUGUCCCGGUUCAACAGCGCCGGUUCGGCGGGACGGGCUGGAGCCUGUGCGCUCAGAGAGAGAGAGAGAGAGAGAGAGGGAGGAAGAGAGACACACGUUCAUAAAGCAGUGCGUAAAAAUAACAUUGGCUAAGACGCGCUCCAUUCCGCGGGCGCGCUGACAUUUCAAACGACAGUUUGGGUGCCACCCGGCAACAAAACCCGAGGAGCGCGUAGACACUCUGCCAUCCCUUCCGAGAGCAGGCGUUGCCAUGGUGACCCGCCGACAGAACUAGUGAAGGGGAAAGUAGCUGGAAAAAAAGGAAUCAACGGCAGAUGAGAACAACACUUCAGUAGUUCGGAUUCGGUUGUUUUUGGGGCGUUCUGAAGGGCAGUUGGCACGGCGCACCCGAGUGUUUCAUCAUCUGAAGGGUCAGAAAAGUUUCCAAUAGUACCCCCCCCAAAAAAAAACUCUCGUCCCAUGUCAUUCCGGUCCACGCGUUCGUCUAUUAAAAGUAUCUCGCUCGUGCUGUCGCUUGGACUAUUUAUGCACGGGUGCGUGCGGGCGCAGUGACGGCCAACUCCACUCCAUAGACAGACAGAACACGAGUCAUGGGCAUCUCCCACGCGCUACUGCUCAUCCUGUGCGCGCUCCUUAGCGUGCACGGCACCGCGGCCCAGCCCAACCUACGCCUGAGGCCAUCCCCCAGCGAGCAUCUACCAGUGCCUGACAUCAAAGAGGACCCCGACCCGGAGUACGACCCGCGCGAGCAAGACCUCACGGAGAGGACGCUGCGCAAAAAGCUGGGCAGCCACUUUGACCCCAACUUCAUGUCCAUCCACCUGCCCAUCCAGCUGAACGCCAGCGCGCCGCCGGACGUGCCGGGGCCGCGCUCACCGAUGCCCGUCGAGCUCAAGAAGCUCGACCUGACGGAGACGCCGUACGGGAGGCGCGUCAAGGUGGGCAAAAAGGCGCGCCGGAAGUUCCUGCAGUGGUUGUGGACGCACACGCACUGUCCCGUGCUCUACACCUGGAAGGACCUGGGCGUGCGUUUCUGGCCGCGCUACAUCAAGGAGGGGAACUGCUUCAGCGAGCGCUCGUGCUCCUUUCCCGAGGGCAUGUUCUGCAAACCGGUCAGGUCCAUGACAAAGACGUUACUCCGGUGGUACUGUCAGGGCUUCCUUCGGCAGAAGUACUGCACGUGGAUACCGGUGCAGUAUCCCAUCAUCUCCGAGUGCAAGUGUUCGUGCUGAGCGGUGAGGGUGCGCGCGCGCGUGUGUGUGUGUUUGAGAGAGCGCGCAUGUGAGAGUGUCCAUGGACUGGACGCACUUGGACUGAGAGAGUAUAUGAAUUAUGAAUUAUUGCACUGUUUACCCACGGACAGGGAUGUGGCGCCACAUAGCGAAUCUAUUUUUUUAUAUAUAGCUUUUUAAUUCGAAUAUCAAACAUAUGUACAUAUUUAAGUGAAAAAAAGAAGAAUGCAGCUAUUUUUGUUAAAGGAACAGGACCAUAUUCUCAAGUGGAGCACUUCAGCCGGAAGAGCCCGUGGUUAUUUUUAUGAAAGUAUUGCAUUUAUGGAAAAAGGAAGAACUUCUCCAAGAAGUUUCAUUUUCCUCAUUCAAACUGUUCAAGUGACUGAAAAACUGAUACACUACAAUGAUGCCUAGAGGUUUGGUACAAAUAUUAAUAUCAAUAAUUGAGAUUUUUAAGGGCUGAGGACAAAACUAUUCAUGUGAACUUAGCUUUUUUGAAAUCAUAUAGUAUUUUAGUAAAAAUGUGUAAGGUUUAUUUAUUGUUUUAACGGUUGUGAGUAUAGAUAAAGAGAAGAUAAUAGAAUAUACCAGAAAUUUUACUUGAAAAUGUCUAAAAAUGAUUUUAAGAGAUUAAUAAUAAUAAUGUCCAUGUAAAUGUCAUGGUUUUAGCAAUAAAAUCUG